AUGCAAGACAAUAAUAAUUCACAUUGGAGUGAGGGUUUGAGAUUUGUGCAACUCAUGAAAAACAGAGCUUUUCACGCUGGUAUUAAGCAAUCUCCUUAUGAGGCACUUUUUGGGUGUAAAGUAAAAGUUGGUUUACAGUUACCCAAUGAUUUCACGCAAAAUGUAGAAACUGAAGAAGAUUUGGAGAAAAUUAUACAGGACCUUACCAAAAAAGAAGAUCCCGAAGUCACUGCAUGUGAAUUCUCUAAGGUGAACACGGAGGCAAGUCAAGUUUCUAACAACGAUUCAGAUCAACGCGAAACAAAUACGCAACCUCCAGCUUGCACCCUCCAAUGCAGCGUCUGUUCACAAGAAACUACAGAGGCUCAUACAUGUAGAGAAUGUGGAUGUGCAAUCCACGCUAUUUGCGCUGUUGCUGAAGAAUCAUCUGAUGAAGGAUUUGGAUCUAAAGUUUUGUGUCUAUUAUGUUCAAAAAAAUAUAAAGUACAAGAUAAUCGUCAAAGUGCUAAGAAAAACCUACAACAUCAGGCUGAAAAAAUGCUGAAAUCGAGUGAAAAGAAGUUUGCUCCUGUACCUAUUUGCACUUCUGUACGAAUUGCAGUUCCAGAGGUUGACAGAGGACGUGGUGAUGCCCGAAAUAUUAUAGGUGUAGUUUUGGCUAAAACCGAUGAUGAGCUUUAUCAAAUUGGUACCAAGAACGGAAUCUUAAAAAAUUAUAUUCUCGAUCUCAGAUUAAUGUGUGUCCAAGAGCUCUUCUUGAUGCAGAGGAUGUACCGAGUACGAGAUAGCACUACGCCGCAAAAGAAAAAAAAACAUUUCAAACCACGAAAAUUACAAAAGAAAUGUAAUAAAGAAGGCAAAAAUUUAGAGCGAGUCACAUUUAUAAAUUGGGCCGACAAAUGCGUGCCCGCCAAAAACGAUCCAGAUUUUAUCAACAUAAACUGUUGCAAGGGCAAAUGUUUAGCAAAAAUAAAUCCUCCAGAACUGUUAGAUGAUGUCCUUCUCAUGUUUUAUGGACUUAAAUCCAAGGAUGAACAAGACCUUCACUUGCAAAGAAUGAUAGAAAUUGCACCAGUUUCAAGAUCACGAGCUUGUGCUGAUACACUGGAAUGCGAUCGGAAACCAAAAUCAAAGAAUUUCAAAUAUUUCUUGUUGCUUGGUGCGAUACGUACGCAAGUUUGUAAAAACGCAUUCAGCAAUGUUCACAACAUUACAAGCAAAAGGGCAAGAAGAAUUUCAAAUUUAUUAGAAAAAAAUGUUGUGCCUGUAGAUGGUCGAGGCAAGAAAAGCAGUGUCAAUGCCAUGCCCUCUGAUAUCAUACAUAAAAUAGAUGGGCAUAUUAAAUCUUUUCCAGUUCGCGAAUCACAAUACACAACACGAUCAUACUUUUAUCUCAGUGCUAAUCUAAAUAUUAAAAAAAAUUUACAGAUUAUUUAUUGA